UCAAAUGUCAAAGAAUUGUCAAAACAAAGUUCCAAAAUGCCAGGUGUUUGUGAUGAAAUUAUAGACGAUAUUGAAGAUUUAAUAUCUUCGCAAGACAUUACGCCAAAAGAAAGAUACUCUAGCAGGAAAACCGUGAGCGUCCGGUCAAGGAAGCGUGACAACAAGAAUGAUUCCGAACCUGUAGAAAAGGUUAUUUUGGAGAGUGUCGUGCCAGGCACACAAACAAUCUACGUGAAGACAUGGGGGUGUGCGCACAACAACUCAGACUCAGAGUACAUGGCCGGACUACUGGCUGCCCACGGCUACCGCCUGACGGAGGACAAAUUUGAUGCUCAGCUGUGGCUGCUCAACUCUUGUACUGUUAAGAGCCCCGCUGAGGAUCAUUUCAAAAAUGAGAUAGAGCUAGGCCAAAGUCGUGGUAUCCACGUGAUAGUGGCAGGGUGUGUGCCACAGGGAGCGCCUCGUGCUAACUACCUGAUGGGGCUCAGUGUGGUUGGUGUGCAGCAGAUAGACAGGAUUGUUGAGAUUGUGGAGGAAACACUUAAAGGCCACACAGUCCGUCUCUUCGGUCAAAAAAAGACAAGCGAGGGACGAAAAGCAGGUGGAGCUUCCUUACUCCUCCCCAAGGUCAGGAAGAACCCCCUCGUAGAGAUCAUCUCCAUCAACACGGGUUGUCUCAACCAGUGCACGUAUUGUAAGACCAAGCAUGCCCGAGGAGAGCUGGGCAGUUACCCGCCCGAGGAAAUUGUGGAGAGAGCCCGACAGUCCUUUACUGAGGGUGUCUGCGAGAUUUGGUUGACUAGUGAAGAUACUGGCACAUACGGUCGUGACAUCGGCACAUCUCUCCCGGCGCUGCUUUGGCAGCUAGUGGAAGUGAUCCCUGAAGGCUGUCGGCUGCGGCUCGGCAUGACCAACCCGCCGUACAUACUGGAGCAUCUCGCUGAAGUCGCCAAGAUCAUGCAUCAUCCUAGGGUUUAUAAAUUCCUACACGUGCCGGUGCAGUCGGGCAGUGAUCAAGUGCUCUCUGACAUGAAGAGAGAGUACACAAGAGCAGACUUCGAGAAAGUCGUCGACUUCCUCAGAGAAAAGGUACCAGGCAUCACGAUAGCCACGGACAUAAUCUGCGGCUUCCCCGGCGAGACGGACGCGGACUUCGAGGCCACCUACUCAUUGUGUGACAAGUAUCGCUUCCCCUCGCUCUUCAUCAACCAGUUCUUCGCCAGACCUGGCACGCCGGCUGCUAAGAUGACUAAGGUCCCAGCACAAGAAGUAAAGAAACGCACAAAGAAGCUGUCAGAACUAUUCCGCUCGUACGAGCCGUAUGGCCACAAAGUCGGCGACAUUUACGAAGUACUCGUCACAGACAUAUCCCACGACAAAAACUAUUUCGUGGCCCACAAUGAAUUCUACGAGCAAGUUCUAGUACCCAAAGAAGAAAAAUAUAUGGGAAAGAUGUUAACUGUGAAAAUUACUAGCGCGAGUAAAUUCUCCAUGAUGGGAGAGCCCAUAGACAAACCCAAGAUGGCGGGUUUGACAGCGCCAUUGAAGAAAGGCGUUGUCUCUGGUAUUACUGAAGUGGAAAAUGUGAAAGUCGGUAGUAAAGUUCCGAUACCAAUAAUAAUGCUAUUAGCUGCUGUUAUUUUUAGGCUGAUCUGGAUAUUUUUAUAGUCAUGUAUAAAGAAAUAUAUAGAUUUAAGGAUA